AGAAAGCAACAAAUGAGAACAACACAACAGACGACUGGGGGCUCAUCAUGGACAUCUGUGAUAAGAUCGGGACAGUGCCCAACGGACCAAAGGACAGCCUGAAGUCCAUAAUGAAGAGAGUCAACCACAAAGUGCCUCAUGUUGCCAUGCAGGCCCUCAACCUUCUCAGUGCUUGUGUUUCAAAUUGUGGCAAAAUAUUUCAUCUGGAAAUCUGCUCAAGGGAUUUUGCCAGUGAGGUGCGAAAUGUGUUGAGUAAGGCUCAUCCCAAGGUGUGUGAAAAACUAAAAGCAAUGAUGGUGGAGUGGGCAGAAGAUUUCCAGAAGGAUCCACAGCUCAGCCUGAUUGGUGCCACCAUCAAGUCUCUGAAAGAGGACGGGAUCAGCUUCCCGACUCCAUCCUCACAGGGAUCCAGCACAAAGGUCAGCACACCUGCUGCAACUAAAGCACCAGAUGAUGAUGACCUGGCCAAAGCCAUUGAGCUGUCCCUACAGGAGCAGAAGCAGCAAGCAGAGACGCGACCCCUGACCCUGACCUCUGACCCUCCCACCUGUCCUAAUGGUGGUGGAGGGCAGGAGGCCCGGAAGGUGCGUGCGCUGUACGACUUCGAAGCAGCUGAGGAUAACGAGCUCACCUUCAAAGCUGGCGAGGUUGUUCUAGUUUUAGAUGACAGUGAUCCAAACUGGUGGAAAGGAGAAAACCACAGAGGAGUCGGGCUUUUCCCCUCAAACUUUGUGACGAGCAGUCUUAACGAUGAGCCAGAGCCAGAGGUUUAUGUCGAGCAGACAGCCACUCCUGAAGAGACGAACCUGGAAACCAAAGCUGAGCCUGAACCUGUCUACAUUGAUGAGGCCAAGAUGGACAGAACGCUGGCGCUGCUGCAGAACGCAGAUCCUGCAGAUCCCACUCCAGACUCUGCUGAGCUGAGCCAUCUGGAGGAUGCGUGUCAGCAGAUGAACCCACUGAUUGAUGAGAAGCUACAAGAGAUUGACAGCGGUGGGAUGAACUCUCAGUACAUGAACCAAGCUGCUGGACUUCCUUAUCCUCCCCAGGCGGGUGUGGUCAUGGAUAUGUCAGCCUAUCACAACUCUAGCAUGCCUCCUGUGUCUUACGCCGUGUCUGGCCCCCCUCACCAGGCUGCUCCUCAGCCACAGCAGCAGCAGCCAGCAGUGUAUUACCAGCAGCCUCUGCUGUAAGCAGGCCUUAAGAAGCACACCUCAGAUAACUCUCUUACUGUCUGGUCAGAAUAAGUCCUUCAGCCUUAUUGUUUCAGUCAGGUUGGGCUUUCAACACUGCAGAGAAGUUGUAGUAACAGUUCCGUGGCUCUGCAUCUGAACUUCAGGUUUUCCUCAGUCCUUGAGCAGUUCAUCACAGGAGAACAGCUGGGUUUAUCUCUGAGCAGAACCAUGYCAUUUACACUAUUGUACAAUAUUUCCUGAUUAUGUUUCAAGAAUAUGUAGAAAAUGUCAUAGAGCUGUAUAAAGAUGGUUGGUUGACAGAAAUGUAGAUAAACUGAAAAAAAGUCUA